AUGAAGGGGUUUACGGCGGAUGCUGUGGGUGCGAUGUUGCAUGAUGCUGCCCAUGAGGUGUCGCCGCAGCGGCUGUGGCAGGCGUUUCUGGGAUCUGAACAUACGAUUGUUACCUCGUGGUUGAGGCUGCGGUUGUAUGAAAUUGAUUUUGUGGGUGGGGAUAAGCCGCGUUAUGUGCAUGCCGCUAUGCCUAAGAUGGAUGGGUGUGUUCAGGUGAUGGAUAGUGCCGUUGGGUAUGGUGGGAUGGAUGUUGCGCUUUAUCUUGAUGAGGUGGCUACGGGGCGGUUGCUUGAUGGUUAUCGCUCCUGA